CACCACUUUCAGUAAGUUCUUCUCUCUUUUCAACACAAAAUGUCUGAACAUGAAGGAAAAGAUGUGAAGAAAGUCAGUGAAGGGCAAUGGACCACCGGUUUAUACGAUUGCUUCUCCGAAGAUAUCCCUACAUGUUGUUUUACAUGGUUUUGUCCUUGCGUUGCAUUUGGGAGGAUCGCUGAGAUUCUUGACAAAGGCGAAACAGGCCAAGGAUUAGCUGGAUUAAUGGUGGUGGCAAUGUCUCACAUUGGAUGUGGAUGGUACUAUGCUUCAACAUACAGAGCCAAAUUGAGGCGCCAAUACUCCUUGCCCGAGGAGCCUUGCUCCGAUGGCGCCAUCCAUUUCUUCUGCUGUUCAUGUGCUCUUUCUCAAGAACACCGCGAACUCAAAUAUCGAGGUCUUGAUCCCUCUCUAGAUGCUGCGUUUAAAAACACGGGAUUGGAAAGGGCAAAUAAUUUGGGCAGAGAUUUGGAGUGGUUCAAGGAACAAGGUUACGACAUUCCCGAGCCAAUGGCUCACUGUAAAACAUAUUCAAGGUAUUUUAAGGAUAUAGCAGAGAAUGAUCCUCCAGCAUUCAUCUGUCACUUCUGCAACAUCUACUUUGCACAUAGCGCCGGUCGCCGAAAGAUUGGGACAAUGGUAUCAGAGAGGAUAUUCGACAAUAAAGAACUUGAAUUCUAUAAAUAGGACGGCCACAUUUCUAAAUUAUUGAAGAAGAUCGUAUGUUUAAUGGGCAGUUGUGGACGAGAAAAGAGAAGAAUCAUUGUUUGGAAGACACAGAGAAAGUGUUCAAGUUUUAUGGGGAGCUUUUUCUUUCCUUGGUGUCCUGA